GAUCUGCAUGGAGAGAAGCGGCAGCGGCGCGGUGACGGUCACGUGACGGAGUCUGCUGCUGGCUGAGUGAAGCGUGUUAGCAGAUUUUUCUGUUUUGUACAUACAUUGUUUUGUAUAUUCUGUAUAUGAUGACCUCGGUGGGCGUCGAACGAGCCCGGGGCACUCGGGACAAAGUGCUACCCACUACCACACAGACCACACAACCACAGAAACAGCUUCAGGCUACAGCUGAACAGAUCCGACUGGCCCAGAUGAUCUAUGACAAGAACGAUGCAGAUUUUGAGGAUAAAGUGAAACAGCUCAUGGAGGUUACAGGGAAGAACCAAGACGAUUGUAUGGUUGCUCUUCACGACAGCAACGAGGAUGUCAACAGAGCCAUCAACUUCCUGCUUGAGGGAACUUCUGAUUCGACCUCUUGGGAAACAGUGGGGAAAAAGAAAAGUCUUGGAAAGGAUGCCACCUCCACAGAGAGUAAGGAAAACAAGGAGAACAGGGAGAAGAAAGAGCGAGAAAGCAGCAAGGGUCGUGGAGGAGCGAGCCGUCGUGGCAGAGGGACCAGUCGCAACCGGCAAUCGAGGACGGAGGAGAAUGGUGUGGACCCUGCUCUGGUUGAGAGAGGUGCUGACCGUGGCCGCAGGGGAAGAGGGAGAGUGUCGGGAGGUAGAGGCAGAGGUCGGGCUCCGGUUACCAGCAGGUUUACAGCACAAGGGAUGGGAACCUUUAACCCUGCAGACUACACCGCAAACAGCGGGUCAUCAAAUUCACACACUGAUGUCUGGGAGACGGAGGCCAAUGACACUACAGAUGGGACAGUGGCAUGGCAGAACACUUCGGACGAGUGGGCAGCUGAAGACUGGAGUGAAGAUGUGAGUCUCUCUGAGACCAAAGUGUUCACUUCCUCUUGUGCACCUCCAACUGAGAACCACAUCACACCUGGCCAAAGUCUGGAUCUAUCAACUCUGCUGCAGAAGCCUGUGGACCGUGAGGAGGUGGGAGGUCUGAAGGCCAUGGGCUCCUCUCAGGGGCUUGGCCACAGUCUAGUCUUCACCAACUCCCACCACCAGCUUGCUCGAAACGGAGGCACAUCUGCUGGUUCCAACUGCUACACACACGCCACCCUGUCCUCUGUUUUAGGUUCUGGUUUUGGAGAGCUGGGUGGUCCAAAACUCGGGCAGACGGCUGGGCAGCAAAUACUGGAACAGCUGAAGGGGCCUGGUCUUGGGCAGCUUACCUCCCAGCCCUCCAGCACAGGGACCAACUGCACCCCUGUAGGGGGGCUGGUGGGGACGGGGAUGUCUGUCCCCUCCUCCUCCUCCUGGGACAUCAAACCUCCUGGAACACAGAGCUCCGCUUCACUCCCCUCUCAAUUCAGUCGGGAGUUUCAGAUGCAGCCAGAACCAUCUUUGGUGCUAAGCCAACUAGCCCAGCGACAGCAGGGCUCCAUGACCCACACAGGGCCUCUAGCCAGGCAGCCCAGCCCUCCAUCACUGAGUGCCCCGUCGCCUGCCCCGAGUACACUGGAAGCCUUUCCUAAAGCACCGGAACCUUCUCAGCACCGCAACGGGCCCUCGAUGGCCCCCUCACAGGCAGCCGAAUCUCAGGGCAGCAGCACACAGCAGCGGCAGAUAAAGACUCAAAAGCGACGGAUACCUCCCACUUCAAAGAUUCCCGCGUCUGCUGUAGAGAUGCCCGGCUCAGCAGAUGUGUCCAGUCUAAAUGUGCAGUUUGGUGCCCUGGACUUUGGUUCAGAAUCUGCCCUGCCGGACUUCGGCCAGUCGGAGAACUGCACCAGUGAACCCAUAAGAGAGGCUGCUGUGGUUCCUCAGUCACAGAGCAGCCUUUACUCUAAACCAAUCAGUGAAUCUCUGAUCAGUCCGGUCCCUUUGCUGCUGCCUCUGGCCUCUUCUGACAGUAUCUACCCCUCUCCCUCGGUACCUCUCCCCAGCCUCGCCCCCUCCCACACCAUCCCCAGCUCGGCCACAGCCCCUUCGUCCUCUUCAUCCUCCUCUUCCUCCUCCGCUGCAUCAUCGGCGGGUAACAGCUUUGACUGCGGUGUGGCUCCUCACUCAAGAUUGACCUUCUCUCAGAGCAAGGAGCCUUCUGGACCUGUGACAAACGGUUUCAAUGGUGCGAGGACCUCUGCUGCUUUAGACACCACAUCGAGUUCCUCCACUCAAAAACAAGAGUCUCCCUCUCUGGCCAGCAGCACAAGUGCUGCCCCUUCUGCCCCAUCCUCACUGUUGCCCCCUUCUGUUACACCACACAGCUCUGCUCUGCCCAGUCUGGUAUCUGAGCUGUCCUCUGCCAGCUUACCUCCCCUCAGCAGUCAUGUGAGCAGUGGCCAUUCCUCUGUGUCGGCACUUUGCACCACAUCUUCACUUACAUAUACCAGUGUGGACAGCGUGAACUCUCUCGCCCCCUCAUCGAUGGCAUUUUCCUCGCCGCCUGUGUCCGCUCUGCCCAGCAGCAAUGUUAGCAGCUCAGCGAGUAGCAGCAACAGUCUGCACGGGUCUGGAGCUUUGGGUCACGGCACCAAUGGUAGCACACCUUCCGGUGUCAGGACUGUCCCGCUACUGUCUUCCUCCAGUGGUAAAGUUCCUCCUAAUCUCUCUCAGGGGGUUCCUCCACUGCUGCCUAACCAGUACAUCAUGGGACCCGGAGGUCUGCUACCUGCCUAUCCGCAGAUUUAUGGCUAUGAAGACCUCCACAUGCUCCAAUCCAGACUACCAAUGGUGAGUCUGAGCCCAUCAAAUUGUCUUUAGCGCUGCUGAGCUUGUUUUUUCUUGAUUAUUAGUUGACUGACAAUGAGAGCAGAAUGGCAGAUAUAGAUCUAUGAUAUGAGACAUAACUGCUGAUAUUCACACAUAUACAAGGCUGUUGGUAGGAAACAUUUUGAAUGGGAGAGCUAAUAUCUGGUAAUGGGCCAAGCAUGUGCAGUUAUCAGCUCAAAAAACCCAAAGACUAAUCGGCCUGACCCAAGCUUGUUGCUAUUAUUAUGUAAUCGCCUGAUUAUGGUUAUUUGGUUAUGAGCAUUUGAGACAAUAUGACCAUUCUAGAUUCCAGUCAAUUUAAAAUGGCCACCCAAAU